AUGCAAUGUUCAGUGAAAAUUUUGCAGGCUCGCAAAUCGGAGACGGAAAGAAAGAUCGAUGACCAUGUUGAAGGUGUUGCUACGGAUGGAUUUGAGGAACUCGCAGAUUUGUUUAGGAAGAAUUUCAUGUACAAACAUGAACGCGACGGUGCUGCGUUAGCAAUGUACCACAAAGGAAGGCUGGUAGUGGAUCUUUGGGGUGGCUGGGCUGAUCGCAUGAAUGAACGAGAGUGGACACAAAACACAAUGGCUAACAUCUUUUGCUGCACUAAGGCUGGUAUACCCUAUCUUGAAGAAGAUCUCACCCUUGACGAGGCUGCAGACAAAACGAAAAUUUCCAAGGUCUUAGAAGAAGAGUCUCCAAAACAUCCUCCAGAUUCACAGAUUGCUUAUCAUCCAAUAACAUUUGGAUGGUUAAUAGACCAGGUAUUCUGUCGUAUAGAUGCUAAGCAUCGAAGUAUAGGGGAGUACUUUCGAGAUGAAAUUCGACAGAAGUAUGGUAUAGAUAUCUAUAUCGGAUCAUGCACUGAUCAAGAAGGUCGGAUUGCUAAAGUUUCACCACUUAGAAAAACUUCUGCAUUUCGAGAGUACGUUGACGACAGGAAAAUAUUCUCAAUGGGUAAUCUUCUACACAGCAAGGACGCAGCAACAUUACAGCGAAUGAGGUUACAGCCACUCUCUGAGAAUAUUGAGCUGUUUAACACGCCAGCAAUGCGAUCUUUUGAACAACCUGCUCUGAAUGGAGUUGCAACGGCACGUGGUCUUGCUCUUCUCCAUCAAAAAUUCAUGGAUGGAACUUUGUGCUCACAGCAGUUUUUCAAGGCAAGCAUCAUGACAAUCGAUAAUAAGGAUAAUUUGAAUGCGCUUAUAGAACUUGGCUCAACCACAAUAUGA